GCGCAAAGACGUAGUCUCUCGGCUUCUCUCAGCUUCCGCUGUGGUCUUAAAGACGCUUCUCUCAGACCUGCUUCGGGAGUACGGUCGGCCACAGUGCCCCACUUGCAUCUGUUUCGAGCUGGAGGUGAACCCCUUGAGUCUGACACGGCCCGGCCAAUCCACCCGCCCGAGCUGAGCCGUCGUUAUGACGUGUAGUUUUCAGAAGCUGUUUGCUGUGGAGGAGGAGUUUGAAGAUGAGGACUUCUUAUCUGCUGUGGAGAAUGCAGAGAACCAUUUGGCUGGUGUGCCAUCCGGGAAUGCCGGACACCUGAUGCCUGUGUCCUCCAGACCGCAGCAGGAGGAGACUCCACAGGCACCGUCAAGACUAUUGCCGUCAUACCCCACUUCUUCGAGACAGCCAGUCCCAGGACUCCGUCUCCCCACUUCCAGCCUUCCCCAGACCACCAGGGACUCAGAUUGUCCUGGAGCAGUGUCGCUAAGACCCAUCUCGAUAUCUAGCGGCGUGGGCAAUCAGCAAAGGACGACACUAACGAAAGUCCUCCAGGAGUCAGCAGAACCCCGGCCCUUGCCCUCGGCCACACACUCUGGGUUUAUCUUUGGAAGCCAUCAGCAGGGCAUUGGUGGCUUUGAGGCACCCAAUCAAGAUGAGUUUGACAAGACCCUGCAGGGAGCUGACUUGGAGCUAGAACUUGGAGUUGACACUGGAGCCACCCAAACCCUGCCUGCACAGCACCAUGAGGAUCCAGUAUUGGUGAAAAAGGCCAGAGUGGCUGACCUGAGUGGCUCUUUCCAAAAGAGUCCCAUUGUCCCCUGCAGGAAUCCAGGGCUUUCCUUGAGACCUCGAGCCGCAGGCGGCCUUCCUCUCACAUCUGCCUCAGCAGUUCCCCAUCAAAGAGGCUCCCCUGUUCCUGCACCUCAGCCUCCCCAAGUAGGUGGGAGGCCCAUUCAAAACAGCCCGCAGAAUCAUUUGCCUGGUCAGCCAUUUCAGUCUCCCAGAGCCUGGUCAAGUGGCACACCCCGCUUUCCUGGGCCUCUACGUCCUCACUGCAGCUCUGCAGCAUUUCCUCGGGGACCCUUGCCUUCCCGAGCCCCAGUAUCUUUGGUCAAAUCUCCUGCCAGCACUCCCAGAGGUGCCUCCACCCCAGUUCCUCAGCCAGCUCUGCAGACACCUCUAGUCACCAACCACCUGGUUCAGCUUGUCACUGCUACCAACCGGACACCCCAGCAGCCCUCACGCCCUUCCAUUCGAGCUAAGACUCGCCGCCGCUUCCCUGGCCCAGCGGGACUUCUGCCUCACCAGCUUAGUGGGAAGAAUUUGGAGGAGAUCAUGGUUGCCACACCCCAGACUCCAACUCACGGUGCUGUGGCUAAACUCCAGACUGAGAUUGUUACUAGUUCCCAGGGAUCAGUGGAAGAAGAUUUUGGGCGAGGUCCCUGGCUCACCAUGAAAUCUGCUCUGGGCCUGGAUGAGCGAGACCCCAGCUGCUUCCUCUACACCUACAGUAUUGUCAUGGUGCUGCGCAAGGCGGCCCUCAAGCAGCUCCCCAGGAACAAGGUCCCCAACAUGGCAGUGAUGAUCAAGUCCUUGACUCGGAGCACAAUGGACGCUAGUGUGGUUUUUAAGGAUCCCACAGGGGAGAUGCUUGGGACAGUGCACAGGGUUCUUCUGGAAACACACCAGAAUGAGCUGAAGCCUGGCUCGGUGCUGUUGCUGAAGCAGAUUGGAGUGUUCUCUCCUUCACUCAGAAACCACUACCUCAACGUGACACCCAACAACCUGGUCCAUAUUUACGGUCUAGAUUCUGGGGACAGCGACUGCCUCGAGCCACCUCAGCCCUUGCCCAAGAAUCUAGGAAACUUCCAUGGAAACCUUCAGCCUGAUGUGGCUGCCGAGCCCACACAGGGCCUCAGCACAGCACAGAAUCCUGCGGUGUCUCCUGAGGAAGAGCUCCCAGAGGCAGAUGACCUGGAUGGACUUCUGAGUGAACUCCCUGAGGACUUCUUCUCUGAUCCCAGUUGGGGCUGUCUCAAGACAGGACACCCACCAUGAGCUGGCAGUCUGUCCCCAGGCAAGCUCUAGGUGCAUCUGGUCUCAUCCAAGGGAGAGAGCACCGGUGCAGCUGGAGACUAGACAAGGUCAUGGUCUGCUGCCUCCUCGUGACACCUUUCUGAGAGCCCCGGUGAUGAGCAGUGUGCUGCUGUAGCAGCCUGACAGCUUCCUCUGUGUGGACAUCCUGGAAAUGUGAACAAGGCGAGCUCUCCAGCCUCCCUGGAAAAGUGUGACCCUCCCACCUCAUCUUAACUUUAGGAUGUUGGGCCUGGUUUCCUUGUCCUUUUACUCUUCAGUCCCCUGACAGAUGCGGAGCCCAGAGGAGCCACAACCACAGCAAAGGUGACCUAAGGCUAUAGCCCGCGCCCUCAAGGGUGAUGGUGGAGUGCAGGCUAUUGUACCUAGUUCUGAAAUAAAGCAGCCCUUCCUCAUCUGCCA